AUUCCGGCAGCAGUUUGGUGGUCAGCCACGAAGAAGAAUACAGACAUGCGCAUUAGUGUGGCCGCUGUGAGGAAAAUAUGGCAUACAGCUCGUUUGUUAUUAUUAUUAUCAGAGACGGUUUAGUAUAGAGUAUCUUUGUUGUUAUUCAGCUGUGUGGUUGUAUUCAGUGCGUGACUCAAACAUAAUAACCGUCGUGGUGUUUGAGAAUCGUUUUGUUGACAUACUGCAAAAUGGCUAACUCUGCCUGGUCAGAGAAAAUAGUCCAACUCCUCCGCCGAAUGAAUAACUUCCAUUUACCAGGCUCCUGUCGCCCUCACUGCUUUAGGUUUGAGAUAAACGAAGCCCAAGUAGGUUGGAUUCCUCCUCACGUCGCUCCGCUGUUGGCCCGGUACACGGAGGUGUUCACCCCGCCGCACGGGGGCGCAGUGUCGCUGCGUCCCGGCCUGGACACCUACGGGAGGAGAUCCGAGGCUGUGGACGCUGUCCUGCAAACUAUGAGACAAGAGGGCUGCCUAACCUGCCUUAAAGGAUGGAGAGAUGAGAAGUACAGCGUGAUGUCAAAAUUCUCUGACCCUCCUUUGAUGUGGAUGGAGAGAGCCGCUACAAGUCUUUUUGGGGUGAAGCGGUAUGGAGUCCAUAUCAAUGGCUACACAGUCAGUGAGGCUGGGGAGGUCAGCAUGUGGCUGGCCCGACGCUCCCCGACUAAACAGACGUACCCUGGACUACUGGACAAUGUGGCAGCAGGCGGUCUGGCAGCUGGUGUUGGCAUCAAACACACUCUGGUCAAAGAGUGUCAGGAGGAAGCAUGUAUCCCAGCAGCCAUUGCUGAGAAGGCUCAUCCUGUGACCACAGUAAGCUACACCUAUGAGGAAGAAGACGGUGUGUUUGCAGAAAGUCAGUUUGUCUUUGACCUGGAACUUCCUCGGGACUUCAAGCCCAGAGUAGGUGAUGGAGAAGUGCAGGAGUUCUACCUUCUGCCCAUAGAUAAGGUGAAAGAACUGCUGGCCACUGACGACUUCAAACCCAACUGUGCCAUGGUGGUCUUGGACUUCCUCAUUAGACACUCCUUUAUCGAGCCAGACGCAGAACCAUGCUAUCAGGAAUUUGUGGCAGGACUCCAUCAGACAUUAGAGUGAAGCUGAGGACUGGGCCACCUGGCAGAGGUUUACAUUCAUCAAAUGUUAGCCUUGCAGCAGCCAACCUAUAUGUUGUGGCCUCAGUGCGUGCUUUGAGAGAAGAUCCUCCAAGACUCGACUGAGUCUAGAAACUGGUGGCAGCUGAGGGGAGUGACGGGUGAACUGAGGGCUGGAUUUGGGACUGAGGUUUUCCCAACAAAACUCUCUGAACAUCAAGCUUUCCAUUGCAGCUCACAUAAAUUCUCCUAUUCUUCCUCUAGUUAGUCUCGCAUUGCCACAGCGCUGUGAAAUAAGGAUUGGCUACACCACAGAUGCAUUCUGGGAUAGGAGGAAA